CAAAACCCGACCCAACCCGAGAGAGUCGUCCUCGUCCUCGUCCUCGUCCUUCCUUCUCUGUAACCUCAAGGAUUCCAGUCCAGUUCCUCCUUGGCAUUUAAGCAAAUCUUUAUGCAGGAGAAUUUUGUUUCCAUAGAGACUUAUGGCAUAAAUAAAUGUGCAGCAAUUGUGGAUAUGCUAUGAAGCUGAAAUUGUGCCGCUUGAGUGGCUUCUUCUCUCCAGAACUACAACCCACCACCAGAAUUGGCGAAGAAGGUAACUUGAGAUUUUCAGUCUGCAAGAACUAAAACUGGCGACUCAAAACUUCUCUUCUGUAAACAAGGUUGGGGAAGGGAAAAUACAAGGGUCGGCUCCAAGAUGGUUCAAUGGUGGCUGUGAAGGUUCUUUCUGUAGAGGUAGAAUCGAUGCGCGGGGAGAGAGAGUUCGUUUCUGAAUUAUCUGCACUUUCCAACCUCAGACAUGACAACCUCGUCGUUCUCCAAGGAUGUUGUGAAGAAGGGUCGGAUCGGUAUUUGGUCUAUUGAGUAUAUGGAGAACAACAGCCUUGCACAUACACUGCUUGGCAAUGAGCAGAACAGGAUGAAAUUCAGCUAGGAAGCCAGGCGGCAUGUUUCACUUGGGGUUGCUUGUGGGAUUGCUUAUCUUCACGAAGAGGUCAAGCCUAAUGUGUUGCACAGAGACAUUAAAGCAAGCAAUAUACUACUGGAUGAUAAUUUUACACCCAAAGUUUCAGAUUUUGGUCUCUCUAGAAUUCUGAGAGACAACAGAGUUGCUGAAACAUUGGGUUAUCUUGCUCCGGAGUAUGCUGUCAGCAGCCACUUGACACGAAAAUCAGAUGUUUAUGGCUACGGCGUUUUGCUCAUGGAGAUUAUAAGCGGUAGAUCAGUUGUAGAUUUUGAUGUUGAACUUGGAGAGCAUUACAUGGUUCAAAAGGCUUGGAGCAAUUACAGAGCAAAGAAGCUUCUGCAGAUAGUAGAUCCUGCUCUGAAUAUGAACUACCCAGAAGAAGAAGAAGCUCUACGGCUCUUGAAGAUCAGCCUUCUUUGUGUGCAAGAAACCGCCAAGCGCCAGCCUACAAUGUCAACCGUGGUUCAGAUAUUGAGCAAUGAAAUCGAAUAGGCUAGUUACGAGAUUUCUGAACCUGGGCACCUUAGUGAUCUAAUGGGGAUUAGAUUGCACAAACGGUACACAUCUCAGACUAGUUCUUCAAGGAGCUCAACCACCACAAGCCUGCAAAGUACUGCACAUUUUUGACUUGUGAGUUUUUGUUACAAUCUUUGCACAUAUAUAACAUGUUUAAGCAAGUGGGCAAAUAGGGGACAGGUUUUUUUGGCUUCCUUAAGUCCUAACAAGAAGCAUACAAGUUAUAGAAUGAUGAUUGCAUUCUUUCAGAUGUGUAAAAAAACUGUCAUUUGCUAAAUAAAUAAAAUGGCCCUAGCCAUUAAAAACGCUUUCUUUGCCAUGAAUAUAGGAGCUGCAGACAGGGAGGAAGAAGAUCUAAUCUUUUAUAGGUCCUACCAUGAUUCUAAAACUGACCAAUCAAAAGUUGGAAAAAAAAAACAGAACUUUGAAGGAGACAUCCCUUGUAAAACUCGAAGGAAAGUGCGAUAUACAUAGUAGUUGAAAAGGGGGAGAAAAGGUUAAGAGCAAAAACCAAGUAGUGGGAGCCCAAGUUCUGAACUUGAAAACUAUAUCUGAAUGAAUAGCAGCAGGCAGCCCUUUCACUUCCAGGGCCAUAGUGCUGCUGCUGCUGCUGCGAGAAUGGCAACAUUCUAAGUUUUGCAACCUAAAAAGAAGCACAGAGAUUCAAUAUGAGGAAGGGAAGAUGGCAAGUUGAUAUUGGGUGGCAGAAGCAUGCAUGGCUCCUCGCACGCCAUCCACCAAGCCCCACCAAAACUGUGUUGAUGAGCUCUUGCAAAUGGCAUACAGGGAGCCAGGCACGCCCACAACUUACCACCAUCACCAUGACCACCUAACCAACCUUAUUGAAGCAAACCAGAAAGUUCAAACCUUUUCUUUUGGAGAAUGCUAUGUGAGGUUUUGAGAAUGGCUAGUGAUGAGUAAAUAAAGAGGUGGAAGAAGAUGAAAGAAAGGGCGGGUUUGGCUUGAGGGCCAAUACUCGGUACUCUCAAGUUGAGCUGAGCUUGGAAGACUCUCUUGAUCUGCCUUUCGGCCAGCUUUUGAGUUGGCCAAUUUGGCACGUAGUAGGGGGGACAAAGCACGAAUAGGGAAGGAAACAAGAAACCCACAACGCACGACCUGCACCAAGGGUGUGUGAAUGAUGCGUGUGUGGGGAUGUGAUGUUGUUGUUGUUGUUCUUCUUCUUGUUUCUCUAAGAGCACUUGCAAACUGAAAGAGAGUGAUGGUGAAGAUUUGAAGGGGGAGAUAUAUAGAGAUGGACUUUAACAU